UUUGAACUUCCUUUCGAGCGCAAUUGCUUCGUCUUCCUUCACGCGAACGACUCCUCUGAAGAAUCUCUCAAGUCUCUCAAUCUCGCCUGCUCAUCAUCCUCUUCGUCAAGUACGUUCUUGGAUCUCUGAGUGCGUGCAUUCUUCGGAGUCUCCUCGUCUCUGCCAAAGAUGGCAGAAGAAGAGGAGAUGGACACAUGUCCAAUAUGCUUUAAAACAUGUGUUGAUGUUUCACACCCAUCCUCAUGUCGCCACAAGUUCUGCUUGGAUUGCAUAAAGAAGUGGCAAUCCACCAAAACCUCUACACAUGUUGUUUGCCCUAUGUGCAAGAGAGAGAGCAAAGCUCUGGUCUACAACUAUGAUUGCAAUACUAGUACUUUUGAUCUGUACUUCUUCGACCAAACCAUCAAAAGUAUCGUGCUUUCCAAAGCACAUAGGACUAGACUCAGCUACUACAUGGUGGAAAAGUCAAUUUCACAUUCUACGGUGGAAGAAGUAAACCGUUUUUGGGAGAGACGUCUCUUCGUCCAACCAAAACCUACUAUAUUUGAGUGGUUGAGAAGGGAAUUGCAAGCACUUACGAGGAUUGAAGAUACCACCGAUGUAGUAGCUCAUUACAUCAAUAGCAUAGUGGAAAAAUUCUUCUCUAGGCACAAAAAAAAUGAAGAAACUGUGACCGUGGAGCUGAGCAAGCAGUUCAAACAACUUGUAUCAACUGCUGUCUCCAAAUUUGUUCCAGAUGGAGAAGAGGAUAGAUUUUCCGAGGAGCUGGAAUGUUUUGUUGCUUCCAAACUCAGCAUUGAAGCCUAUGAUCUCUCUUAUGAAGAAUCUUCAAAAGAAGGCCAAAAUGGGGUUGACUAUGACCUUCUCCGGUGGAUUCAGCAAAAAGUUAACUUGAUGCAGAUACAGAAUACCGACUUUCUCAGCACUCGCUGCCUCAAUUUCGCAAGAGAAGUCAGAUCCCAUGCUGAGCUUGAGAUCAGACUUGUAAAUGAACUUGGGUUUCCCCCAAGUAAGCAAACUCUUGGGUUUGCUAGAAGUUUGUUUGACAAACUUUCUAGCACCCAAGAGUUGGAUCAAAGUUGCAACAUCAAGCAUGAAGAUUAUAAAAAAGAGGUGUAUACUCAAGAUGCUUACACGUUGCUAUCACUUGGAGUCUUGGACCAUGAAGGAAACGUAACAAGGUUCGGCUUGAUGAUGAAAAGAUUACAAGUAGGGCCAAUGUUGGCAAGGAUGAUAGAAUCUUCAGAAAAAUAUGGAUGUGGAGAAGAAAUCAUAAAGAUAGCCGCUAUGGUGUCUUCGAGAGCAAAUGCGCACCGAACACCAGUAUCUCGCUCUGACCAUAUGUCCAUGCUAGUAGCCUACGAAUCAUGGGAGGCAACUAAUUUUUCAAAAAAAUGGUGCCUAGACAAUGGUGUUCAGCUUGCUAAAAUGGAGCAUGCCAAAAGUCUUAUCCACAAAUGGGAUAAGACUUUGGAGAGUCUUCAGAUAAAAGUGACCUCAAAACGAGAUGAUGUCCAAUGUAUAAAGAGAUGUGUCAUAGAAGGAUAUAUUUCAACUUGUGCAAAAUUCCAAAGUGAUGGAACUUACAAGAGCUUAAAAGCUCCGUAUGCAACGAAAAGGAUAGACCCCACUUCGACUUUAUACGAGUGGCAUCUCCUACCAAGGUUUGUCGUUCAUUCGGACACUUUCACCAAUUCCAUGCAAGAGGUCACGGAAAUUACACUGAAAGGUCUAAGCAAAGUAGCACCUGAACUUUACAGACUGGCAGGUAACUGAAGAGCUGACUGACAUAGUGGAUCACGCAGAGCAACAUCACCACAUCAUCGGUCCUAUAUGUUUUCACAUAACUAGACUACACGUGUUUGUCUAAUCGUCGCCUAAUUCCACGUGUUUUUUCUAAUUUUGGAGGCUAGGAUUGAGACAUUGUUGGUAUUUUACACGAGAAACACACACAAAAAGAUAGAGAGAAGAACUUAUGUUCAAAAAAAAUAAAAACUAUAGAGAAGAA